AUGUUGCCGAGCCAGGCCGGGGCCGGGAACGGCGCCGCCGCCGCGCUGGCCCGCGGCUCUGGGCUGGGCCGGUCGCCGGUGCCGCGUGGGGCGAACGGCGGCGGGGCGGCGGCGGGGGCGCCCGGGGGCUGCCUGAAGCGGGAGGCGCUGUACAGCGGCAGCGAGGGCGACUCGGAGUCGGCCGAGGAGGAGGAGCUGGGCGGCGAGCGGCGCGGCGUGAAGCGUGGCCUGGCCGAAGCGGCGGCGGCGGCAGCGGCGGCGGGGCCCGCGGCGGGAGCGGCGGCGGCGGCCGCCUACAGCGGCGGCGGGGGCGGCGGGGCCGUGAGCGGCGCCAAGCCCGGGAAGAAGACGCGGGGCCGGGUGAAGAUCAAGAUGGAGUUCAUCGACAACAAGCUGCGGCGCUACACCACCUUCAGCAAGAGGAAGACCGGCAUCAUGAAGAAGGCCUACGAGCUCUCCACGCUGACUGGCACUCAAGUCCUGCUGCUGGUGGCCAGCGAGACGGGCCAUGUGUACACGUUUGCCACACGGAAGCUGCAGCCCAUGAUCACCAGCGAGACGGGGAAGGCGCUGAUCCAGACGUGCCUCAACUCCCCGGACUCGCCGCCGCGCUCGGACCCCACCACUGACCAGCGCAUGAGUGCCACUGGCUUUGAGGAGACGGACCUCACCUACCAGGUGUCCGAGUCUGACAGCAGCGGGGAGACCAAGGACGCCCUGAAACCCGCGUUCACUGUCACCAACCUGCCGGGAACAACGUCCAUCCAGACAGCCCCGACCACCUCGACCUCCAUGCAGGUCAGCAGUGGCCCGUCAUUCCCCAUCACCAAUUACCUGGCGCCAGUGUCUGCCAGCAUCAGCCCCAAUGCCGUCACCAGUGCCAACGGGACAGUGCUGAAGACUACUGGAGCCAGUGCAGUGACGUCUGGGGGCCUCAUGCCGAUACCCACUGGCUUCACCCUCAUGUCAGGUGGUACCAUGGCGCAGCAGGUUCCAGUCCAGGCAAUCCAGGUGCACCAGGCCCCGCAGCAAACGUCUCCCUCUAGUGACAGCAGCACUGACCUUACCCAGACCUCUUCCAGCGGAACAGUGACCCUCCCAGCGACCAUCAUGACGUCGUCGGUGCCAACCACGGUGGGCGGCCACAUGAUGUACCCCAGCCCGCACGCGGUGAUGUACGCGCCCACCUCGGGCCUGGCCGACGGCGGGCUCGCCGUGCUCAACGCUUUCCCGCAGGCGCCCUCCGCCAUGCAGGUGUCCCACGGACAGGUCCAGGAUCAGGGUGGCGUCCCCCAGGUGUUCCUGACAGCCCCAUCAGGCACGGUUCAGAUCCCAGUCUCAGCUGUCCAGCUUCACCAGAUGGCUGUCAUCGGGCAGCAGAGCAGCAGUGGCAGCAGCCUGACGGAGCUGCAGGUGGUCAACUUGGACACCUCACACAGCGUCAAGAGUGACUGAGAGGCCUCUGCUGCCGGCCUUCUGUUUUCUGGCUUGUCAUGCCAGUGUCGGGGCUGGCAGCAACUCCUUCUCGUACAGACUGCACCAGUUAUUUAUUGUUGCCUUUUCACGUUUCCUUCAUCCACACAUGCACACACACACACGCACUCACCCACCCCCACACACACAGGCAUGCGCGUGGGGCUGCAGGAGCCACCCCGGGUGGAGCCGUGCUGGGGCCGCGCAGGGCUUGGGGCAUUUGGAUGCUGCAAUAGCUGUGCUUGUCUCACGCCAGCCAAAGAAAUUUGUCUUUUGAGGGAGGAUCGCUCUGCACUGUAAAUAAAUGCAGGCCAUUCCCAGCUGGAGGCUCUGGCUCCUUCUGGGUGCUCU